GGUGAUUCGCCCGGGCGGAGCUCGGUCAUGGAUCCUGUAGAGACCUGGACCCCCGGGAAGGUGGCAGCUUGGCUGAGAGGCCUCGAUGAAUCCCUGCAGGACUAUCCCUUUGAGAACUGGGAGCUACCUGGCAAGUACCUGCUCCAGCUCUGUCCCCACAGUCUUGAAGCUCUGACUGUGUGGCCUCUGGGCCACCAGGAGCUCAUCCUGGAUGGAGUGGAACAGCUCCGGGCCCUGAGCUCCGGGCUACAGACAGAGAACCUGCAGAGUCUGACAGAGGGGCUGCUGGAAGGGACGCAUGCCUUCCAGAGCUUAGUCCAAGGUCGCCUGGGGGACUAUGCUGAGGCCCCUGCUGAUGUCCUCAGUGCUGCUGUGGAGCUGGUGCGUGAGGCCCGUGCCCUCCUCUUCUGGCUUAACAGGUAUCUCUUCUCCCACAUAAACGACUUCUCAGCCUGCCAGGAGAUUGGGGAACUGUGCAGUGAGCUGGGCCAGGCCUUGCAGGAGGAUUGGCCAGCAGCUGAGAAGGAGAGCACAGUCCUGAGGAUUUGUGGCCAAGUGGCCAGGAUCUGCCACACCAUCCUGAGCUGCUGCCCAGAGGAGCUGCUGGAGCAGAGGGCUGUGCUUGAGCAGGUGCAACUGGAUGAUCCUUUGGGCCUAGAAAUCCAGACCACCAACAACUGUCAGCACUUUGUGUCCCAAGUGGGCAGCCAGGUCUCCACUGAGUCCCGACUACAGAUUCUGCCUGGAGACGAGAUUGUCCAGAUCAAUGAGCAGGUGGUGGUGGGCUGGCCCAGGAAAAACGUGGUGAGGGAGCUGCUUCGGGAGCCAGCUAGAGUGAGCUUAGUGCUGAAGAAGAUCCCUGUGCCAGAGAGCCCUCCCAAGACGCCUCCACAGUCACUGGACUGUCCGCACCUGAAGAGCCAGUCACCAUCUUUGGCUUCCCUGUCUCCCAGUGCCCUAUCUGAAGACGUCUUUGCCUUCGACUUGACUUCAAACCCAAGUCCUGGGCCCAGCCCUGCCUGGACAGGUUCCACCACCCUUGACCCGGAUCCCCUGCCUACCCUUUCUGCGCCCCCAGCUGCACCCCUAGGAGAGGUGGCAGAGACUCCUGAAAUUACAGAGCCCCCAAGACUCCCUGACAAGAGUCCUGUUCUUGGUCGGAGGAAAUCAAAAGGCGUGGCAACACGGCUGAGCCGCCGGCGGGUGUCAUGCCGGCAACUGGGCCGGCCAGACUGCGACGGCUGGCUCCUGCUGCGCAAGGUUCCUGGUGGCUUCAUGGGGCCACGCUGGCGCCGCUGCUGGUUUGUGCUCAAAGGACAUACACUCUACUGGUACCGCCAGCCCCAGUGUCCAUCCCAGUGGGUGCGCCAUCUCAUUACCUGCAUUUCCAAGUACCAGUCUCCAGGCCGGGCCUCCACUCCCCGAGAGGAAGACUGCUAUAGUGAGACAGAGGCAGAAGACCCUGAUGAUGAGGCUGCGUCUCGCUCAGCCUCGCCCAGCCCAGCUCGAGCUUGGAGUCCACUUCACAGAGACACAUCCCCUACAACCACCCCCACGCAGCACAGCCCCUGGACCUCCUUUGGCUCUCCAACAGACAACAGUGAUGGGGAGCUAGAAGGAAUGGUACGGGGCCUGAGGCAGGGUGGCGUGUCCCUCCUGGGCCAGCCACAGCCUCUGACUCACGAACAGUGGAGGAGUUCUUUCAUGCGGCGCAACCGAGACCCCCGGCUCAAUGAGCGAGUGCACCGUGUGCGGGCAUUACAGAGCACACUGAAGGCAAAACUGCAGGAGCUACAGGCCUUGGAGGAAGUGCUAGGUGACCCUGAGCUGACUGGAGAGAAGUUCCGACGGUGGAAGGAGCAGAACCAAGAGCUGUAUUCAGAGGGUCUGGGGGCCUGGGGAGUGGUCCAGGCUGAGGGAAGUUCCUAUGUCUUGACCUCUGACUCCAGAGCUCAAUCCCCCCAACCCCUGCCCUCUGACCCUGAGGAGCACUCCCAUCUUUUCUCUGUGACCUCCGACCCUGGCCAGCAUCCUAGUGUCUGACCUCUGGC